CGCCCUUCGAAGGGCGUGGCCGGAAGUGACACAGCCAUCGCAGAGCCCGGAGUCGGCUGCAGCACGGGCUCCGGCCGGGUGCACGCGGUCUCUGCCGGCCGCUGCGUCCGGCCUCUCCGGCUCCCGGGGACGCUUGGCGGCAGCCCCCGGCCCUUUUCUCGAGUACAGCCAUGUCUGGCAACGGCGACGCGGCCGCAACGGCGGACAAAAACGGGGGCAAGAUGAGAGUGAUUCGAGUGGGGACCCGCAAAAGCCAGCUGGCCCGCAUCCAGACCGACAGUGUGGUGGCGACGCUGAAAGCUCUGUACCCCGGCCUGCAGUUUGAAAUCAUUGCGAUGUCCACCACAGGGGACAAGAUUCUUGAUACUGCCCUCUCCAAGAUUGGAGAGAAGAGUUUGUUUACCAAGGAGCUGGAGCACGCCCUGGAAAGGAACGAGGUGGAUCUGGUUGUGCAUUCGCUGAAGGAUCUGCCCACCGUCCUUCCUCCUGGCUUCACCAUCGGUGCCAUCUGCAAGCGGGAGAACCCCUAUGAUGCUGUUGUCUUUCACCCCAGAUUUGUUGGGAAGACGCUAGAAACCUUACCAGAGAAGAGUGUGGUGGGAACCAGCUCCCUGCGGAGAGCUGCCCAGCUGCAGAGAAAGUUCCCGCAUUUGGAAUUCAAGAGUAUUCGCGGAAACCUCAACACUCGGCUUCGGAAGCUGGAUGAGCAGCAGGAGUUUGCUGCCAUCAUCCUGGCCGCAGCAGGCCUGCAGCGCAUGGGCUGGCACAACCGAGUGGGCCAGAUCCUGCACCCUGAGGAAUGCAUGUAUGCUGUGGGUCAGGGAGCCCUGGGUGUGGAAGUCCGAGCCAAGGACCAGGACAUCUUGGACCUGGUGGGCGUGCUGCAUGAUCCUGAGACCCUGCUUUGCUGCAUCGCUGAGCGGGCCUUCCUGAAGCAGCUGGAAGGAGGCUGCAGCGUACCCGUGGCGGUGCACACAGCUCUGAAGGACGGUCAGCUCUACCUGACUGGAGGAGUCUGGAGUCUGGACGGCGCAGAUAGCAUGCAGGAGACCAUGCAGGCCACCGUCCACACCCCUGCGCAGCACGAAGAUGGCCCAGAGGAUGAUCCACAGCUGGUGGGCAUCACUGCCAGGAACAUUCCCCGCGGAGCCCAGAUUGCAGCCGAAAACCUGGGCACCAACCUGGCCAAUUUGUUACUGAACAAAGGAGCCAAGACCAUCCUGGAUGUUGCCCGGCAACUUAAUGCUGCCCACUAAGCGGUGCUGGGGCACAGACACCCCUCUUCAGAGGAUUGAACUAUAGGGCCAGAGACUUCCUAGACCACCUCUCAUGGGGGAGGGUCUCUGAUCAUCUCCUCAAAGCCUGGGAAUGUAACCAACUCGAAUAAAUCAGCGGAAGGUGCUUUUCA